GUUCAGGAGGUGACUCGCGAUCCAGGCGUCUUCAGCCCCGUGGGUCUGGGCACCACAGCUUACUGCAGCUCCAAGCGCCUCUCGCAAAGCGCCAUGCCACUCGCCUUCCACUGGAACUGGCUGCUGUGCGGCGGGGCGUGCUUCCUGGCGCAGACGCCCGACAUGGACCAGAUCGGGCAGCCGGUGCGCCGAGCCGCCAACGCCAUCCGGCGCCACCAGCGCCGCAGCUCCUCACCAGAGCCGGACGAGGAGAACCCCUGAGCAGGCGGAGCCGGGGAGCGGAGGCGGUGGAGGAGUGGCGGUACUUAGGUGGUAACGGCUGCGUGCGGCAGUGGGCUGGCGUGGGCUGGUAGCGUGCGAUGGGGAGUGGUGAGGGAUGUAGACAGUAGGCGUGCAACCGUUUAAGCCAGUGGUGGGCAAUGCAAGGUAAGGCGCUUUAAGCGUCCGCAGUUUGCGGGUGGCAUCGUGGGCGCAGUGAGACGUGUGCUUGCUAAUGGCUAUGCCGGUGCGAGUCUGGCUGUUGCGGAUUGCAUGGAGCGCUGUCGACACACACGAUGCAGCGGAAAGCCAUGCCGGGACCACCUGCUUGGAGUGCCCAGGCGCCCAGCCCCGCAGGAGCUUCGCUGGGGGCUGGAACUGCUGGCAUUGGUAGGAAGUGGCGGGACGCUGCUGACGUGGCCUGACUCGUUGGCGCUGAUGGGCAAUGCCUGACUCGUUGGCGCUGUAAGCCGAUGCACGGGGCAUGUGGAAUACGGUACUACCGCAGCGAUGUUCUGAGUGUAAGCGUCAACUGCA